AUGUCCGCUAAGGUAUCGGAGCAGGACAUAGGCCAGUCGGUGCUGGAUUUCGUGACCGAUGGUACUUAUCCAGGGUCGGAGCAGGUUGUCGCCUCUGACUUUUCUGGCUCUAUCUUGGCGAAGGAAUUGGAGCUGAUAUCGAAGGCUAGAGAGCAAGUUGAAGCCGAGAUCAACUUCCUCAGUCGUGAAAACAACUUCGAUGCGGACGGAUGGAUUUCACAGGCCAAGCAGCUUCAUGCAGACAUUGAACGUUCUAGAGUCACUGCGAGGGAAAUCGUCGAGCAACAUGAGAAAACGCAACCUUUGCAAUUGAAAGUGGAAGAUGCUUCUGCGAAAGUUGGUCUCAUUGAGACCGAAAUCGCGUUCAAUCAGGCGGUAACCAGCGCGCUGACAGAAGUACAAAAGCUGUGCAAACAACUAGACGACGGACGAGCAGCUCUCGGGGAGGGCCGCACCAUGGCUGCCAUUGACACAUUGGAAUCCACUGAACACGCCGUCAAGCGAAGCAGUCAUUUCACAAACACAAACGUUCUACAUAUACUGCUAGAGAAUGCCGCCGGGCUGCGGAAAGAUAUCAUGGAUGCUGUCCGUAACCGCUGGAACGAACAGCUACAUAUCGAUAAGACGGAGGGAAAGCUGACCAUUUCCAAGGACAGCGAUGAUACAUUGCACGAGACUAUCGUGGCCUUGACCAGGCUUGAGAUGUUCCCCUCAGCAAGGGAUAGGUUCCAAAAGGAAUUGAUAUCGAAGAUAAUUGAUCCGAUAUUGCUGCCUGGAGCCACUGGGCGUAGCCAUGAGUGCCAUAUUUCAGGGUCUACGAUAUACCUUGACCCGCAGCCAUCAACGGCAUCAAUACCAGAGCUGCUUGAACGCCUAGUCAAGGUAUUGGGCUUCUUGAAGCAAUAUGUUCCCGCGCUUAUUGUGGAAUCAUUCUCGGAAAUGUUCAUUCCCUCGCUGUCUUCCAAGAUAAUCGAAUUGUGGCUAUCACCUGCUAUUCCAACCGAUCUUGAAGGCUUGGGACAGUUUGAGCAAAUGCUCGACCAUGUCCUCAAAUUCACGAAGAACAUUGAGAGUUAUGAGUGGCGCGGCCAAGAAGAACUCAUCUCUUGGGUCAACCAGGCUCCACGUCUCUGGAUAGCUAGAAGGCGCGUUGAUUCAUUGGAUCAAGUUCGGAGAAUUCUCGCUGCUUCCCAAGGCACUACACAACAGGUUGAGAGAAUUGAAGUCGAGAAGGUCUCCGGGAGUGAUGAAGCGCUGCUGGAGAAUGCUGCACCUGAUGAUUGGGACGCUGGUUGGGAAGAAGACAAUGAGAGCGGCUCUAAGGGGAAGCAGCCCAGUAAUGUCGACGAUGAGGAAGACGUGAGUGCAUGGGGGCUGGAUGAUGAUACUGAGGAACAUGACCCCAAAACGAAAAAUGGCACAGCCACGGCAUCUGCGGACAAUGAUGAUGAUGAUGCUGGAGAUGCCUGGGGCUGGGGUGAUGAGGAUGAAGAACAGAACGCCGAGGUCUCAGAGCCUAAGACACCAGUUGUGCCUGCAACUGUCAAUGGCAAGGGUGGGGCCAGCCAUUCCACUCCCAGAGAGGUUACUUUGAGGGAGAAGUACACCAUCACAGACAUCCCCGACUCUAUUCUGGGUGUCGUCAAGCAACAAGUGGUGGACUCCAAUGCCAUAUCCCAGCCUACGCAUGCCCACUCACGUGUGGUUUCCUCCGGAACAGGACUUCUCGCACUCCCAACUCUGAUAUUGGCCAUGUUCAAAGCCACAGCCUCGACUUUCUACGGUCUCAAAUUGAGUGCUGGGCAGAUGUAUUUAUAUAACGACAGCCUGUAUCUCGCCGGUCAAGUUCGUGAUCUCGCAGAGGAGUACCAGAUCACCAGGCUUCAUGCAGAUAUCGAAACUCUUGAGAAAUAUGGAAAACUGGCUUACAGCAAAGAGAUGCAGACCCAACGCACAAUUGUCACAGACCUUCUAGACGGUGCACAGGGCUUCAGCCAAUGCUCAGAGCAACCGUUCCUUGGUGAAUGCGAAAAUGCGGUCAGCGCAACAGUGGACAGAAUUCGCGACGUUUUCAAAGAAUGGCAGCCUAUCUUGUCGCAGUCUGCGCUUCUUCAAUCGAUCGGCUCAUUGGUUUCAACUGUCAUCAGCAAGAUGAUAAUCGAAAUUGAGGAUUUGGGUGACAUUUCAGAGCCCCAGUCACAGCGACUUGUGUCAUUUUGCAACCAAGUGACUGGGCUGGAAGAUCUAUUCAUCCCUGAGGGCCCAGAUAACACCGAGCGUUCGCCUAUGACGGCCGUCUACGUACAAAACUGGUUGAAAUUUCAGUAUCUGAUCAAUAUAUUGGAAAGCUCUCUUGCUGACAUCAAAUUCCUUUGGCUCGAAGGCGAAUUGCGUCUAGAGUUUUCUCCAGACGAGGUCGUGGAUCUGAUCGAAGCUCUUUUUGCCGAAUCCGAUUACCGGCGUAAGGCUAUCGCGGACAUCAGAAGGGCAUCACGAGGGCAAUAG